AUAAUAGACUUCAAUUUUUUAAAGGUAAAAACAGCAAAACAUUGGCUGAAAAUAUUUUACAUUUCUUGAUGUCUACUGUACCAUUCUGUCAGGUGAGAUGUUUUAGAUGGUGAUCAUUAAAAUGAGUUUUGUUAAAGUCUUUUAUUAUAAGUGGCAUCUUUUCUUGUUUAUUUUUUUUUUAAAUAAGGGGUCGUUUGAUUACGAAGAGUCCACAUAAUAUUGGUCUGCUUAGUACAGGCGUAAUGUGGAGUCUCCUUAACCCAUUCGCUCCUGGAGAUUUUGCCCAAAAACGCGUUUUGAAGCUAGUCGAGUGGUUUUCUGGUCACUGUCGUGCUAUAAAGAGCUAAAACUUACCACAAACCGGUUUACAGGUCGUACACUUGGCGGCCUUCUGAUACAGAUGCAAAAUAUCAGCUUGCGAAGUUCGGGCAUGCGCAGAAAGCAAAAUUUCGACAUAGUUUUUGGGUUUAAAAGUGACACAGCAGUCUUGACUUUUACUUUUCGCUUUCUCUCCUCCCUUCUUUUUUCGCUUUUCUUGCCUCAUUUUUUUUUUCUCUUGCUGGGCAUUUAGUAGGCUUCAUUUUGGUGGGAAGAGUUUUUAGGAAAGCUUUUAGGAUCUUAGGAUUAGGUGAAAGGAAAGGUAGGUGGGUAAUGGAACAAGAUUUUCAUGGAGAUUUUCAGGUCCUUGUUACGUGGUUUUUUGCUUCUUUCUCCGGUGUCCUUGACUGAAUUGUGCUCAUUCUGGUAUGGUUUGAAAGAUCUCUUCAUUCUGCACACGUGUGCGAAGAAAGUUGUCCUUGACCGUUAAAACUGAUGACGUCACAAAGGGUAGAAAGGACGUGGAUCCGCACGGGUGGUUACGGGCGGUUCAGGGGCGAAUGGGUUAAUACGGGGUGUCUGCAUAAUGUACUAAAUUUGAGGGUCCAAUAAUACUUGUCAAGAUAAAAACUGAAUUUGUUGUGCGAUACCCACUACUGAUACCUAUUGAUCUCUCACAUGUACAUUACAUACUACAUCUCAGUCGGAUCAAGGCCAGUUUUACUCUUAUAAUCACUUAUACCUUACUAUUCACAUCAUAUAAGGAGUCAGAUGUGCAACAUAUUUUUAGCUAAGUUUAUAAGGAAAACCUUAAUGAAGUUAUAGAUGUGUCGAAAUCUUGUGAAAAGGCCACCUUGUUGAAUUUUAACCGAGGGUUAUGUAGUUUUAGUAACAAUAUUUGCCUUUUGUUAUGUUUUAUACAAGUAUUGCUGCAUUUAUUGCAGAUUGAUGACAAACAUUUAAGUCAAACAACUUUCCUUGUGCAUACCUUGGUAAACUGGCUUCUUGAACACAGGGAUAUUUUCAAUGGUAAAUGACCUUUUGACCUUGAUGUAUUUUUGUAAUAUAAAACACUGCUUGAUUGUUGUUACUGCCCCCUUAUCCCUCCGGCAGCCGUCCUCUAACCUUCACUGCAAUAGGCAGUUUAAAAUGUAUUACUUAAAUGAAAUAUUUAUUGUUGUCACUUUUUAAUUUGAUUUUUUAAGCCUUUCUGAACAUUGUGCUAGCCUUCUAAAAGCUUUUCAUUAGCUUUUGUUAACUGACCUUUGUAGGCAACUAAAUUUGAGUAUUUAACGGUCACAAUCUUUUUCAGAUAUCCGUCAUGUUAAGGCCAUGGUGAAUAAUCUGUUAUCUGUGUGUUGUGAAGGUCAGCUUCAUGGAUAUGACAUGGGAGUAUCUCUUCACUUGUUACAAAGAAUUCAACAUCAUUACCCACAGGUUAUAGGGUUUAAGAGUAUUCCUUAUUAACGCUACUUUUAAACUUUCGUCCACACUUUAGACACAUACACCUUAAGAUGAAAUUUUAUCCUCUUUGUUAGGGUGAAUCAUUUACUAAUGAAAGCAAAAUAUCUGUUCAACAUUUCCAGAAACAAUUUUAAAAACCUCUUAAAACGCUCUUUGGGUUUAUUUAUGGUUAUGUAUCAUAUAUAUAACAAUCACAUCAGCCUAAAAAUAAUUACAAGUUGUUUAAUGCAGUUCUUUAACAGAUUCAAAUAAUUAUCUCUUGUGAUAUGUUGUGCUCUUACAGUGCUGCUGUUUGUUGUUUAGGCCUUUGCACAGAUAUGUGUCAUUCCAGCUCUAAGCUGUCUCCUGUUGACAUCUCCCCAGGAUUACCAACUCCAAAUCCUGCAAGUCUGUAAGCUGAUUUUACUGCUUGUUUCUACAAUCCCCCUCAUACUCUAUAACACUUAAAAGUUUAAUCGUCGCCAAUGUUUUAAACCUCUGAUUGUCGUCUUAUGGUUCAUUUGGGUAAGUUUAUGCCACCCUCAGAGAGCCCGUAAAAUAAUUCAUGUUUACGCCAAACGGCAAACCACCUGACCAAGUUUCCCUCUUAAUUGUUCCUUAUUGUUUAUUACUUCUACUAAAAAAUGCGUAGUUUCACGCCAGUUUUGUCCAUAAGAAUAUAAGAAUUGUUCUGGACAGUUAUUCUGGGAAAUUCUCCACUUGAAUCUGCCAUUUGCCGUUUGCCGUAAACGUGACUCUUAAUCUCUCUAAUAACUCUACACAUGAUUGGUUGAUGCUAAUGCCAGGUGUGGGAUCGAGUAGAAACUGUAAUCAGUCCCGGUUGAGUGGACCACAAAACGUCUAUAUACAUGUCCACUUACAUUAUAUGUUAAUAGUAAGUUCGGAAUUUAGCAUAUAUAUAUAUAUGGCUCGUAUUAAUGAGCUUUUUUCUGAAACUUGCGCAAAAAUUCUAUUUUGGGACGUCACAUAACUAUAAAAUGCUUGUUUCAUAUUUGAAGGUUGUUCCAUUUCUCAAAAUGCAAGUUGCUUGGCUGGUUCUCCGCCAUCCGCAGAAGUCUGCAGUCAUCUUCUCCUUCUGCUACCAAUACUGCUGAUCAGUACCACAACACCACCACACAAACACACUUCAUUCAGUGUUUCAGGAAAACAGGAAGACAACAGUAAUUCCAUCGUCUCCUUAGCUCGUCAAAUCCUGCAGAAUUUGGAAGUCCAUGUUCUUGCUAUAAGUAGACAGCUAAAGUAUGAAAAAGAUCGUCUGGUAAGUUUGAAGUUUUGGUUUAAAGUCUAAAUAUUUCGUCAGGUCUUUCGGAAUUUGGAAGCCCUAAUUCUCCCCGUAACCUAUGGAACCAGACACACGACUAGUCCGGUACGUUAUGAGUUAUUCUUGGCCGUGGAAAAUCAACUCCAAACUAUUGCAAACCUGUUACAUGUACAAUGUAAAAGGUUUUAUCAAUCAUGAUUAAUGUAUGGUGGUGACCCGCCCGGCGUUAACCCAAUACCUUACGAAAGCUUGCAUUUUUUAUUAGCAAUCAAUAAAAAUAGGAAGAGGUCGACAAGUUAUUUAGUUGGUUUUAUUUUUACGUAAAUGUAUGGUCUAUGGGCUAAAUAAAUCACUAGUUUGUCUUGGCUGUGUUUUGUUUGUAUUUAUUCAGGUUGUACCAACACCUGCUGAGUUUCCCUGCUCAUUUCUCAGUCAGUACAUGAGUCAAAUGUCCGCCUGUUCACACCAACUCAUCUUAUUACUCAGGUAGAGUGUCUGUAGGACACACGUUAUGAUUUUCUGUGAGCCUGCAAACCGCCGAUAUUUUAUUCCGUAGUUCUUGCAUAACUGUCUUGGUGAACGUCAUAUUGCAGAAACGAAGAAAUCAGGAUAAAGUGCUGGUUAGAGAGUUUGCAGAGGUCAUUUUCUACUCAAAAACAAGUGCGCCGUCAUGUACCACUCAUGCUAUCAGCUGUGUUAGUGACAUCAGCAGGAGAAAUUGUUGUGGACACAUUAAAUACUAUUGCUGCUUUGGCGAAGGCUGAUCCAUCACAGGUAGUUAGAAGCUGAUUACUGGUAUCCUCUGUCGUCCCUAGUUUAAGCUUAUUCUGCCGGUGUUUAUUUCUUUUUGCUCACAGCAUUUUGUGCCGGCAUUUUACAUAGUGUUGCCCUCCUAAAAGAUGUAGACGGUGAAAAACUUGAAUUGAAAUGUCUUAAAUUGAGCAUCAAGCUUUUCUUUGCCUACCAGUUUUUCUGAUAUAGUUAUAACAUGCUUUAUUUUCGUAGGGCUUGUAUUUUUUGCCUCUUUUGCUGUACAAACUCUACAAGGAAAGUAAUCCUGAAGUGAAGCGUCAUCUUUUGUAUUCCAUACCCAAGCUAGCUACUCAUAAGGUAGGACUGAUUCCACUGAGUUAACCACGAUAAAACCUCCAGCUUAACUACUGCAAUGCACCGUUAGCGAUUCGUUCUGGCCAUAAUCAUUUAAUAAUGAUAAUGGUGAUGAUACGAAUAAUGAUGGUGAUGACGAUGUUGAGACGCUGAUUUCUUUUUGUAGUUUUGCAUAGGCCCUGUAUUACACACAAUUCAGAGUAUAGGAUCACAGUCUGGCUGCCAGCUGAAGCCAUUGUCUUUGAGACUGAUGUGCAAGUUAUGGCAAUCUCAGCACCGUGUAUUCCCUCAAUUUCAGCGAGUUCUAAACGCAAAUGACACCCAGCGAGUUGGGAUGGAAUUAAACCUGGAAAUUCAGAUUGCGAAGGCAGCUUGUUUACUAGACAUCUGCAAAGAAAGGUGAAGUACCCGGUAGAAAAUAAAUUAGUGUUUUUUCUUUUACUUUUUGUUUUCAUGGCCAGUGAGUGCAAAUAGCAAGUUCGUCAAUUGCUACCCGUUCAGAAAGGUAUUGUUUUUUAUGACACUGACUUCCUUCCUUUCUUUUAUUCUCUGCCUUCCACAAAGUAUUCGGUUUGUUAAUCAUUUGCUCACAUCUGACAUGUGUACUUAAUUUGUCCUUUGAUGAAGACCCUCUCAGCAUGGUGCUGAUCUGUUGAGCCUGCUGUCCAAACUGCUGAAUCAAAACACCAAACCCGGUGAGACUGUCAAUCAUCCCUCUGCUCUUGUAGUAUCACUGGCACUGCAAGCAUUGGAGCAGCUCUGCAAAGCUGAGGUAAUGCUACUGCGUUGAAGAAUUAUAAGGGAUUUAAUUCGUACUUAGUUUCUACACUUUUAUGUCGGACUAAGUUUUAGCAACACAUUGUUUACAUGUUUAGAUCAAAUACGUGAUGUACUAUUUUGAAAGAAACUGAAAUAUUGUCAUAUGUCUUUUGAGAAGUCAAAUUAAAAUUUAGAUUGUGUUUUCAGGAUUUUCGGUCAGUGUACGUAGUUUUUAUUGGCCAAAUUCUUUCCGUAUUUUAAGGUGGUGGACCUGUGCACAGCGUGGAAAGUACUUUCUGGUAAGCUGAGUCAAGACAAGCGUCCUGCAGUGUUAUGUAGUCUUUGUCAAUUAUUCAGCAGUGUACCAAGCUUGGCUACUAACUCACAAGAUUAUCAGGUACCAGUGUACGCACAUGAACGUUCGUUUUUACGUUCAGGUAAAAAUAUGACAACUUGCAAAUAAGUACCUGAUGUUGUAUUUGCUGUAUUUUAGGAAUUGAAGAAUCAUAUUCUCUCUUUUUUGUGGUCCUUGACGGAACACGAGGUAAGAUUAACUGACGUUUUCUACCUUUUUUGAAACAACAAUACUUUGGUAGUUUGUCUUUUUUGUCAUUCCUUCAUUUCUUUUUAAGCGGAAGUAAGUUUAAGCGUGAGGUACAGGCGAUUUUUUAACGUAACAAUGUAUGUCAUUCUUAAACUUUUAUUUUUAAAAGUUUAUGUUGGUCAAGAAAAUCGCAAUAAAAUGUUAUCAUGUUUCUUUUUUUCUUUAUAAAGGAAAAAAAUUGCAUUAGGUGAACUCAACAAAUUUACUUUCUUGCAGUGUAUGGGUCUUUCAUAGCUCAGUUGGUAGAGUACUGCAGCGCUAACGCAGAUUUUCGUUGAAGCUCUGAAAUGUUUUUUUUCGGGCUUUUAUUGCUAUUACAACUUCGAUGGUUAUAUCUUCAUGUAUACUCAUUCACUCACUUUUAGUCACUGAAAGACCAUUAAAUGCCUGUAACCACUGUAGCUCAAGAAGCUGAACGGUUUAUAUACUGCAGGCCCCAGUGCAGGUGACUUUUUGAACAUCCUUUUAGUGAUUACUUUUCAUUUUAGCAAUCACUUGUGUCUUGUGCUGCGUUUGAUGCUCUGUCGCUGUUUGAUCCAAGUGGUUUUAAGCUCAUUCACCUUCAAAAAGAGGUACUGUUUGAUGUUUUGUAUUCGAGUGAUAGAUAAAUACACUGUAGACUGUAGAUACGUAUAUGUUAUUUAGCAUACACUUGCCGUCACCUUCAUCAACGUGUAGAGAAACAUAAACAUUCGGUAGUUGGCAGGCAUUUCAUCGAGAAACACGUUGUAAAGAGGGUAAACCUUGGUGAGAACCUUAAAAUCUUUAAGAACUGCCGAAGGAAACCAGAGUGUCUGAUAUUCCAGAUGUUAAUUAUCCGAGGUAAAAGACCUACGCGCUAAACACUCAACCAGACUCCAUUCGUGCGAAAAUCUUUAUUUAAUUGUUAUUUGUCCAUUUUCAUGCUUUGAUUUUACAUGCAUUUUUCGCACUUUCUUUUUCAAUAUACAUUUCCACGAAUCAUGUUUAUUUCUUUAAUAUCUUUUGAUAAUGAUGACAUGAAGCUAUCGAAACGUCAAGUAUCUGUUGUAUUGUUGAUUUGUGUUCUAAAAUUUUUCCUCGUGUCCUUAGAUAUAUCAUCCACUAAGGGCGAAAUUGAUGGCCUCAAAGACGCUGGUUCGUGGUACUGGUGAUGAGAAUGAAGACAUGGUUGCUGUAGAGAAAUCCAUAGAUAACUCAAUACCGCCAGGUGCAGCGUAUGUUACAUUGCUUCAAACAAUCAACCAACAGGGUCUCUCAGGUACAAAGAUGGUUUAUUUAGGUUACACUUUGUAUACUCCUAAACAUGGAAAAAAGGCAGCCCGCGUAAGCCUACACACAUAACGCCUACUGGGUGACAAUGAAGAGAACUUACGCGUAUCAACGGCGGCGUACUAAAAAAAAAUGUACAUUGCCUGUUUACCCAAGAAGCACAUAGGAGUUCAUAUGAACUCGUUUAAACGUGUCCGUGCGUUCCAGAUCGAAUUAGAAUUUGAAAGUGUUGGUUUUGAGGAGAGGGGAAAGCCGGAGUACCCGGAGAAAAACCUCUCGGAGCAAGGGAGAGAACCAACAACAAACUCAACCCACAUAUGGUGUCAACGCCGGGAGUUGAAGCCGGGUCACAUUGGUGGGAGGCGAGUGCUCUCACCGCUGCGCCACCCUUGCUCCCCUAUGUAUGCACUAUGUAUCAACGAUUAAGGAAUUUUAAAACAAUUGAAGGUAGCGACAAAUUGAAAUAAACUGUUUUCUUUUUACCUGAUGCAGGUUUUCAAAAGCUUCUAUCCAGUGUUAUUAGAAGGGAAGCUGGCUUGCUACCACGCGGCUUCUCCCAGAGUAUUUCACGUGCCACGUUAUCGCAUGACCGGAACUUGCAGUCCAUUCCAGGGUUCCUGAUGUCUCAUUACGAGAAAUCCAAGACUCCGGGGCUAACCCAAGGACUAGCCGGUACUAAAUAUUGAUCACGCUUUGCCUGUCAAAAGAUGGUGUCUGUGGACCGGUAUCUUUAUUCUUCUGGCUCUAUGAGUGCGUUGUUAAUAAAUUAGAAGUAUUUGUGAUAAAGUUAAGGCAAAGCUCAAAAUAAAUUUAGAGUGUCAUUUUCUUUAUUUGAACUCGUACUAAGUAUUGACCAAUGAUGUAAAGCAAUACCCUCAGUCAGGGGACGUAUUAAACGUAAACAAGAAAACUGUUAACCUUCUUUAUAGAGGAUACCUACUCACUAUAAAUGCUUCAAAGAAGGGUCCUCUGUUCCAAGAAGGUGGACUAUAAGAAGAAGUGGUGAUUAUGUCUAUCUCGAUUUUACUGUUCAUAGCUGGAGUGUUGUUCAGCUUUGAGCUUCCUUUUGAAGAACACCAAGGAAAGCGACUCAGAAGAUAUCUGGUUAGUUGUGCUCGAAAAUACAGACAGAUGCUGGAGUCAUUGCUUCAUGAGGUACACCGAACUGACACUACAAUUACACUCAAACAUUCACUGACUAAAGAUAGGUACGUUGUUUUUCAGGUACCUGUUCAGCCAUCUGAGUGGCACAGGACGCUACUCAUUCCACAGGCCUGGUCUUUGUUUAUGGUCCGAGCUUAUGAAGCUUGUCUUGAGGUAUGUGAUCUUUACAGCAGCGGGGCAACUGCGCAGAUUGUUAAGGUAGUUCAAAAUGGUUGUUUGUCGGUCAAAAUAAACAAAAGAAUAGAAAACUGCCAUUGUACAGGUCUCGUUCUCCUGACGUUUCGCCACUGAUAUAAAAAAGGAAGGUGCAAAAAACUCGUUUUUAAUGUUUCUUUAUUGUGUGUCUGAUUUUUUUGUUUUAUUGUAGGGCCGAAAAGCCGAGUUAGACAUGCAGUACAGUCAUGGCCAUAUCCAGGACGUUGAAGAACUGAAAACCAGACAAAUGAAUUCGUGGCUUUGGUAAUACAAAAUGUGAUGAUAACCACUAAAACCCAAAAACUUUGCUAAAUCAAAGCUCUUCCUUAAGAAAUGACCCUACCUAGAAUGGUCAAAAGGGAAAUUGUCACAGGGAAUCAAGAAGUUUUGCGCUAUGGAUGAUGACCUUAAAAUGUCUUUGAAUGUUAUACUACAAAUCUGAAGUUUAUUAAGACAAUUCAUGCAUCAGUUUUGAAGCAAAAGUAUUUUUCCGCUGAUAUGCUAAAAUCAUGACCUGAUCGCUUCAUUACUACGAAGAGAUCGAUGCCAAUCAAAUUCAUUCAUUCUAUGGCAAAUUUGUGAAGCUUCCCGCUCAAAGGAAGUUUUAAAAGAGGAAAGUUCUAGAAAUUUUAAUAUUCUGCUUGAAAAUUUAUGCUCGCGAAGUACUGGAAGGAAGGUCGUGCGUUUAUAAAUGGCUUAAGUUGAAAGUGGUCGACCAAAAGCCGAAAAAAGUGAACAAUUAGCUAUCCAUUAGCCUUUUGGUCAUUAUUCCGUGCCAAAAAUACAUAUUUUGUAAAAACUGAAAGAACAAUUCACCCUCAGUUCUAGAAAAUAACUUCACAAAGGUAUUUGAAGAAAAUCAUAUGGAUUAAGAAUAGUAAAUGUUUUUUUUUUGUUAAGCGUUUUUUCAAACUGUUGAAAUUGUAUUUACUUUAGGGUUAGAGACCAGAUGACCGAACAACUGAAAACAGCUUCCAGGUAAAGGAAAAUCUCAACUUAAGCCUCUAACGAAUUUUGAUCCAUCCAUCAUAUAACGUUUGCCAAGUUUGGCCCAUGAAGAAAGUGCCUUCUCAGAGGGCAGAACAAGCAAUAGCGGUGAUUAUCAUUUUGAGUUGUUUUGUUUUUAGGGGAAACCCAUCUGUACAAGGUAAUUCAGUGUUUGCACUAGCGGGCCUAGCACAUGCUGUGUCCUUAUAUGCACAGAAGCAGAACAACUCAGGGAGGAAUACGGACUGGCUGACCAUGGUGACCGAUACAAUCAUGGUGGUACUUGAUGGCAAUUACAAACCUAAAGGACCUACUCUUACCUGGUGUCAACAGGUUUUUUUACUUUACUUAGUCUUUGUAUUACGUUUAAAGCUGGUUGACUUCUGUUUUGAGUGAAAAGUUCAAGACCUUAGUAUUUCCAUGUUUUUGACCCUAACACCCUUUUCUUUUCAGGUAUCUUCUCCGACCUCUACUGCUAGUUCGCUGUUAGCUCGCUCUUGUGCUGCUCUGUCGUUGUCACUGCUGGUACCGUCGCUUGUCACGCUCGACACUGAUAGAAUUCAUAGUAUGGCAGAGCUGUUGAAACAACGGAUCCCUGGACAGGCCAAGUAAGUCCGGCCAAGAUAUAUUAAUUACUUGGUCUGUUGUUUGCUUUUAGAGCUGCACUAUGGAACAAUCUAGAGACGUUUUCGAUUUCAUCAAAUAUAACUGAAGAAACAAAGCUAAAUUCAAGUACUUCUAAUGUUCACAAUUGUGUAACUGCUUCUGAAUCAGUAGCAUCAUACACCAUGAGCCUUGUAGCCAGCCGGUCGUCUUGACCUGUAAAAAACAAACAAACAAACAAACAAAGAAUCGUUCAAUGAUUAUGCCGACAAUUCUGCAUUAGACGGGCGUAUGACAGGUUCCAAAGCCAAUUGAUUUCACGUUUCCAACUGUGUGGUUGCAAUUGCAUUUUGCCCCUUUGUUUAGAGCUGGAAGUUCUUCUGUGGUCCAGAUGACUUGCUCCUUAGGACUGGGUCUUUUCCUGAGCAGACUCUAUCAAGAACAUUUCAGGUAUGGCUGAACACUGGGCUUUACUAAGUCCUAUUCUAUUCUUGUACUAUGUUAUGGUUAGAAUCCCUCAAAAUUGCUUUCAUUUUAAUUCUGAACCAAAAGAUAACAAAGCGCAGUGGGUGGUUAUCAUAGCAUUUAUUCGUAUAUAUCUGUUACACGCUUACUUAAUAUUACAAACGUUAGUAGUAUAGAAUAGCUGAAAUUAUCGGUUUUUUGCGGAGAAAUCUCAUUUCCUUGCAAAGGAAUACAUUAACGCCGAUGACGUCAUAGCCUUUUGUCUUUAUCUCAUGGAUAGGAGCUUAAAGGUGAUGUUACACGGGACAAUUUGCAAUUUAAAGUGGUGAAUGGCUCUAGGAUCAAUUAGACCUUUAUAGACCUUGCUGUAGCCUUAGAUCACGAAACAUGCAGCUUUUGAAGACGCAAUCUUAUAAUUUAAAAUCGUACGGAUCCAGGACAUUUCUCAUUGUGCCCCUCAGCUUUGGAAUGCCCUUCCACCGGAGCUAAGAGUGUACGAUUCUGUAGAUAAUUUUAAGAAAGCCUUGAGGACGUUUCUUUUCUAAAAGGCUUAUUGUUGGGUAAAACUAAGACAAACCUCUUUAUAACUUAUAUUAAAGAUUGGUCCCAAGUUUUUGAGAUUUUGUUUAAGUUUUAUUUUAUUUUUUAUGGCAAUUUUCCAUUUUUUAUUCAUGUGAAGUGCUUGUGGACUCUUAACGAAUAACCGCUGUGUAGAUAAAUUGUUAUUAUUAUUAUUAAUAUUAUUAUUAUUAUUAUUAUCCACAACCACGACGCUGAAGUGUACGCUCCCAUAGCGUCUCGUUUUUUUAUUGGUUGACUAACAACUAAGUAAAGUAUUAAUUCAGUAUUCAUGUCGUCAAAGGAAUAAGCGCAAACUUGCCUUAAAGCGAUGUUACUCGAGACGAUUCGCAACGACGAUUUUUAGCGCAACACAGCCGUGCAAUAUUGUUGCCAUGUUGUUUCGAAUGCUGACAACAUCGUUCCCACAUUGCAACGUUGUGUUGCGGCGCUAAAAAUCGUCGCGUCGAAUCGUCCCGUGUAACAUCACCUUUACAGAAAGAUUCAAAGAUUGUUUGCUGGUGUAAAUAUAUUUUAACUAUUGCUUUUUUUUGUCACGCCUUUCUUUCAGUGAUCUGUGUGGCAAAGAGGUGAGCAUGCUGAAUAUCUUAUUAAGAAUUUAUCUUCUAAACCAGCCCACCAACAACCUUACAUCCGGUGGCAAGAUUGAGUCGACACUGUCGUCAAAUAGAUGUAUUUCGGGGAAAAAACAAUCACGACCACUCCUCCAUUCAAAUGUUUCCUCCGAGUAGCUUAAACCGUAGCACAACAUUGUUUAGAGGGGGCGGGAAGGCAAAGCUUUCUGUUUCCCUUUUGAUGUAGAUAGAGUCGGUAAAAAGUGGGAGAUGCUUGCAAAGGUUCUCAACUAAUUGUGUCACCGAUUGUAAUCUUAGCGCAACCUAUACUUGGUGGUAAAGACCUGAGAACCUACCCUUCAUAUAUAAUUGAGUAAAGUGAAAAGUGGUACAUGUUGUGUCAUAUUUUUGCAGGGUUAUUUGUUGAUGACUACAGCUUUAGAUGCAUUGGAGAAUGCUGCCCUAGAAAAGAAGGCAGAAAAUACGUACGGAAUUUAUUCUUACUCACUGUUUAUAACAUGUCACUCAGGAAUUAAACUUACCUGUAAAACAACUAACGAACCUUUUAAGGUGAUGCUACACGAGACGAUUCGCAGCGACUAUUUUAGCGCAACACAGCGUGGCAAUAUUGUUGCGACAUUGUUUCGAAUGGUUACAACAUUGUUCCACCAUUACAACGCUGUGUCGCGCUAAAAGUCGUUGUUGCGAAUCGUCCCAUGUAGCAUCACGUUUACUCAUUCAAGAUGUAGGAUUUUGUGUGAUUCAGGCGGUUAGUUGUAGAACCCUCAGCCUGAUUAAUCAAUGAUGUUUUCAUAACAACUUACACUCUGUAUUGUUUUCCCAGUGAGGGCGCUUGUUUGGGACUUGGACUAGCUUUGUCUUUCAUUUGUAUGGAAAGUGUGGUUGAUUCCAGAGUUCAUAUGACCAACAUGUAUAACAAGUUGAUUACCAUGCUGGAUGAUGAACAUAUUGAAGAUCAGAGACUCCAGGUAAGAAAGCUUCUCUGCUGCUGUCGCCACUUUUCGUGAGUUACUUAUAGAAAUCAUUAAUGGGAAUACUAGAAAGUAUUACAGAAAACUUUUUGUUUUUCCUACUUUGAAGUAGGACACAAUUUUUCUCGGGUUUUGUGCAUGGUACAACACUGCAGCACUUGAUCACGCUAAGGCUACGCAUGCGCUUAAUUCUUUUCAUCCUCUGAGCUCCAAACUGCCUCUGGUGUUUUAAGUAAGAGGUAGUUAUACUCCACGAUAUUCACGGGCAGCAAUUUUGUAUUGCAGUACCAUAGACCUCACAAUGCUCACUUUCGAAUGGUUUUUGAUGAUUUCUUGCAGAGCUUAUGCUUCAGCGUGGCGCUUGUCUGUGUAAAUGCUUUUCACACUGGUCUUUUGUCUGUUGAUGAAGCUAAAAAUUGCGCUGAUAAAAUUCAAAAGAUUGCAGACAGGCACUGUCAGGUAAGUUGAAUAUAACGAGUGAGUGUGUGACCAGUAUUUAAGUACACUUGCCAUUUUCUUACCCAGCACACCUUGUAACAUGUUGCUUUACCAAGAAUAGUUGGUCACCAUUUGCUUACCUCAGUUUCUUUACCGGCUGUCAGCAGGCCGCUUAUGGAGUCUCCUUGUCGUAUGGCAUGCUUCUUCAUGGACUCGUGUCAUGUGGUCAUGGUGGAGUUGUUCAGUUAGCUAAAGAUCAAGGUGAAGUCUGGCGAAGUAUUCUUGAAAGAGAGGUAGGAAUGUGGAGAAUAAAUGUAACAAAAAAUAAUUUUAGAAUAAUGAUAAUGAUAACUGCAGUUGGAUUGGCCCCUGUACUGUGGAAUAGAAACAAAUUUUCUCAUCAAUGAAAAAACAAAAACAAAAACAAAACAAAACAACAAAAAGCCUAGUGGUUGCGUAACAUCAGUUAAUGUUAGCAACAUAGGUGACGCGGAAAAACCCGAAUUCUUUUUCUACCUGUGUGAACUGAUCUGUUAUCUUAUGGUUACUAGUUCAGAUGAUCUAUUGUUGGGGAACAAGGGACUCACAGCAGCCCGCUAAGGCCACCAUUAAACAUCCUGCACACUGUUAGGAUUGGAAUAAUUAUGGAUACAUGACAUAAUCUCGAUAAUAUUAGCAAGGUGGUGAAUCAGCCUUGUAAUGACCCUUGUAAGUGUAAGGGAUUGACGAGGAAAAUAAAUACUCACAGUACGCCGGCUUGCCAUUUACGUUGUGCUUGCAGGAUACUUCGGAGCUUCAACGGCUUGCUGCUCUGAAUGGAGUCAUGGGACUUCUGGGUUCAGACCAAAGUCUGUUUAUCGUAAGUAAACUUACAAGCACAGAUUUAUUCUUGAAAAAGUAAUAGCUGGCCUGCCAAAAAACUUCCUUUGGUAUAUUUUUCUGCCUAAAAGACUCUUGUUUUCUUCACGUGUGUAAUGAUCAAACGCAAUAAAUCCAGCAAUGCGGGCCUCCAUAUCAGGACUUAAAUCUUAUUCUUUACCUUCUUCAAUCAGUUUAGCUUGGUUCACGAAUGUACGUUUCAUUGCCCGAAAUAAAUUGCGCAGACCAUGGUUUGGCAUUUACCGGGAACAAAGAAAUUGUCUAGUCAACUUUGACCAAGGUCGUCCACUUCGUCCGUGAUCGUUUAUGUUCAUUACAAGCAGACUAAGUUUUAUUCUUAGUUUGUUGUUGUCUUUUUUAGUUUGAUUCCUCCGAUGCGGUGGGCAUUUUUCCCUCUAGUGAAAGAAACAUUAUAAAAUAUCUGCAACAGGUAGGGUGCUUCCUAGUUAUUUUACUUGUUACAGUUUGCCUUUAAGUAUUGCAACUGAUAGUAUAUAUUUUUUUGUGAUUACAGAUUAUUUCACGUCCAGAAGAUGUUGGUCUUUGUUCCAACUUGUCGUGGCUGCUCGGCCAACUUUACGCAGCUUCUACGAGUGGCAGCAUGGUAAACACGAAAAGAGGUAAGACUUUAAUACUGAGUACUCCGCUCCUUGAAUACGUCAGUAAGCAUAUUAAAGCAGCCGGAGGCAGUGUCUUAUUGAUAAAAACUGCCUCUUUAAGUUUUUGUCCUAUUUAAAGGCAGAGUUCGCUAAUCCAGAUGCGUAUGUGGUUAUACUGGCGUCCGAAACGUGUCCGAGGUGGUAACAAGGCUUAACACGGCUAUUUGUGAAUACUUUGUAUUUAGUGCAGUAUGAGACUUAAACGACGGAAAUUCGACAGAGCAACAAAGCAAGAAAUGAGGACAUUUGGGUGCGUUUCUCUAUUUACUCCAGAUGUGUAGAUGCCUUCCGUCACUUGCAAAUUUUCAUCGUUUCUGUGUGAACGAAGGCCGGGAAAUUCUUUGACGGAAGAUUGAAAAUUUAGUUUAAUUUUUGUUCAGUUCCAUCAGACUAUGGCUACCUUCCAGAAGACAGUACAUUAAGGCCGCUGUUUGAUUUUCUUGUUCAAGCUGGAAAGAAAGGUGGGUAUAAUUUAUAAUCCGCUAUAACUAAUUUAUCGUUAUGAAGAUUCUUCUGUGAAAGGUUUGAACCCAGGAGUCAUUUCAAAAGUAGGUUGAGUUUGAUCGUCCGGGUGAACGUAGUCCUGAAUAGGACUAUUGUUGUUGACAGUGACUGACGUUUCGACAACCUGUGCGGUAGUCAUCUUCAGAGUCAAAGUGAGUUGUAUCACGUCAGUUGAUGGUAUUAUACUCUGGUUAUUGAUUUGAUUGGUCAAUUACGUCGUGAUGUUAUUGGUCGUCUGUCAGUUUAGCCGUGAUGUUAUUGGCUAUGAAGACUCGUAAUCAGUAAUUGGUGCGUUUUGAUCCGUCUAUUGUCACAGUUAAACAGUCGUCUAUUGUUAGUCUGUUAUGCCACAAACAGGUAUGUUUCAAAACUUGUUAAUGGCGACGGUGUUCAUCUGGAAGUAUGGUUAUUUUUUUUUUUUCGUGGUUUGGGAGUGGCGGGGCGGGGCGGGGGGGCUGGGGAGGCGGUGAUUGUAUUAAACUGAACGAUGACCAUUUAAGUUAUUUUUGUGAACAAUUUCAGGUCCUCAUGUGAGCUUUUCUGGAAAGCUGGUGCUCGCGGUACUGGAAUCGCUUAUCAGCAGUGCUGAAGUGACGUUACCUCCAGUAAACUGGGCAGCGGUGCUAAGUCCUAUAUUGAGAGCAAAUUUUGGUAAGCUGCUUUAUGUAUCCGUCUAACUCUGUAGAAAUUGUCUAGCUUUCUUCAUGAAGCAGCGUGAGAACUUAAUUUACUUUCAUCAAUGAUCUUUCCCCACCUGGUUUUAGGUGAGGAGACAAGCCAGUUGUGUAUUCAGUUUGCCGUGGAUCAAGCCAGGACCGCUACCUCCUCCUGCGGUCUGUCAUCUUUCUUGUCUUCCUUGUUAAGCCCCGAAGUAUUCAUGGGAUUGGGGGUAAGGGACCAGCGCUUAAUAAUACAAACGCUGUGCUUAGUAUAAACUAAACGAGUGUCCGCAGCGUUGAUAUCAACCAUUUUAACUUUUCAUGUAAUAUACGAAACACAAAGACCGUUUUAUAACCAGUCACCAAAAAUGACUUAACGAAAAAACAAACAAACCAACGAAGCGCAGCCUAAAUUAAGGAUCGAAUUUUUAGACCUGUCGCACAGUAUUGGUUUCCUUUGUUUUUAACAAUAAUGUAAUAAUAGUAUUUACCAAAUAAAUAAUAAGAGAUAACCUUUCUUCUUCUUGUUCAAUAUUAUUCAGGAUUCGUGCAGAAGAACGUUACUGAAGAACCUUUCACGAUUAGUUUAUGUCGUUUCAUCGUCAAAGUUGAGAAGGUUUUAUGAAGAAGUGCUCACAGUGCCUUUGAAGAAUGAAGCGGUAAGAUGUGUAUGUACUGUGGUGUAAAUUGAAAGAGGUAAUUUUCAUGGAAAUUAUGGUUUGUUCUAGAAGGAAAUCUUUCGUUUACUUCUAAGGCCAUGGAACUAGGUUCAUAUAUGGUCAUGUCGAAAACGUUCGAAGUUGACAAAUAGAUAAAUAUUUGUAACACUGUAGAAGACACACUACUUUAAAAAUAGAAAUUACUGUUAAGAAUUGAACCCGAUAAAUUAAACCGUGAGUUGGAGUGGGAUUGUUUACUCAACAUUUUGAUGAAGCUAGCAAUAGUUCUCACUACAUCUGCCCCCGCCUUAGAUAUGACGGUUAUUUUGAAAUAGGUCUUUAAAUAUUCAAUACGUAAUCUCUAUAUUUCUAUGCUCUUAGGUUAUAACAUUUUAAAACUUCGCGAAAAACGUUAUUGUGAUUUGUGUUAAGCACUGAACAUAGUGAUUAGGGCUAAGCACUGACUCGAAAUGGUUAGCUUUCAUUUACUGUUAGGUUUGUCACUAUAAAUACAGUCGAACCGCGACUAACUGUCACCUCUCUGCAACGGCCAAUUUUAUUUUGUCCCGGCGGACAGUCCAUACAUUUACUCUAAUUUAAACCUCUCUACAACGGCAACGGCCACCAGUGCAUGUCCCCAACUGCCAAAACAACCUCUAUACAACGGCAACUGCCACCACUGCAUGUCCCCAACUGCCAAAACAACCUCUAUACAACGGCAACUGCCACCACUGCAUGUCCCCAACUACCAAAACAACCUCUAUACAACGGCAACUGCCACCACUGCAUGUCCCCAACUGCCAAAACAACCUCUAUACAACGGCAACUGCCACCACUGCAUGUCCCCAACUGCCAAAACAACCUCUCUACAACGGCAACGGCCACCACUGCAUGUCCCCAACUGCCAAAACAACCUCUAUACAACGGCAACGGCCACUACUGCAUGUCCCCAACUGCCAAAACAACCUCUCUACAACGGCAACGGCCACCACUGCAUGUCCCCAACUACCAAAACAACCUCUAUACAACGGCAACUGCCACCACUGCAUGUCCCCAACUGCCAAAACAACCUCUAUACAACGGCAACGGCCACCACUGCAUGUCCCCAACUACCAAAAUAACCUCUCUACAACGGCAACGGCCACCACUGCAUGUCCCCAACUACCAAAAUAACCUCUCUACAACGGCAACGGCCACCACUGCAUGUCCCCAACUGCCAAAAUAACCUCUCUACAACGGCAACUGCCACCACUGCAUGUCCCCAACUGCCAAAAUAACCUCUCUACAACGGCAACGGCCACCACUGCAUGUCCCCAACUGCCAAAAUAACCUCUCUACAACGGCAACGGCCACCACUGCAUGUCCCCAACUGCCAAAACAACCUCUAUACAACGGCAACUGCCACCACUGCAUGUCCCCAACUGCCAAAAUAACCUCUCUACAACGGCAACUGCCACCACUGCAUGUCCCCAACUGCCAAAAUAACCUCUAUACAACGGCAACGGCCACCACUGCAUGUCCCCAACUGCCAAAAUAACCUCUCUACAACGGCAACGGCCACCACUGCAUGUCCCCAACUGCCAAAAUAACCUCUAUACAACGGCAACGGCCACCACUGCAUGUCCCCAACUGCCAAAACAACCUCUAUACAACGGCAACUACCACCACUGCAUGUCCCCAACUGCCAAAAUAACCUCUCUACAACGGCAACUGCCACCACUGCAUGUCCCCAACUGCCAAAAUAACCUCUAUACAACGGCAACGGCCACCACUGCAUGUCCCCAACUGCCAAAAUAACCUCUCUACAACGGCAACGGCCACCACUGCAUGUCCCCAACUGCCAAAAUAACCUCUCUACAACGGCAACGGCCACCACUGCAUGUCCCCAACUACCAAAACAACCUCUCUACAACGGCAACGGCCACCACUGCAUGUCCCCAACUACCAAAAUAACCUCUCUACAACGGCAACGGCCACCACUGCAUGUCCCCAACUACCAAAACAACCUCUCUACAACGGCAACGGCCACCACUGCAUGUCCCCAACUACCAAAAUAACCUCUCUACAACGGCAACGGCCACCACUGCAUGUCCCCAACUACCAAAAUAACCUCUCUACAACGGCAACGGCCACCACUGCAUGUCCCCAACUACCAAAAUAACCUCUCUACAACGGCAACGGCCACCACUGCAUGUCCCCAACUGCCAAAAUAACCUCUCUACAACGGCAACGGCCACCACUGCAUGUCCCCAACUACCAAAAUAACCUCUCUACAACGGCAACGGCCACCACUGCAUGUCCCCAACUACCAAAAUAACCUCUCUACAACGGCAACGGCCACCACUGCAUGUCCCCAACUACCAAAAUAACCUCUCUACAACGGCAACGGCCACCACUGCAUGUCUCCAACUACCAAAAUAACCUCUCUACAACGGCAACGGCCACCACUGCAUGUCCCCAACUGCCAAAAUAACCUCUCUACAACGGCAACGGCCACCACUGCAUGUCCCCAACUGCCAAAAUAACCUCUAUACAACGGCAACGGCCACCACUGCAUGUCUCCAACUACCAAAAUAACCUCUCUACAACGGCAACGGCCACCACUGCAUGUCCCCAACUGCCAAAAUAACCUCUCUACAACGGCAACGGCCACCACUGCAUGUCCCCAACUGCCAAAAUAACCUCUCUACAACGGCAACUGCCACCACUGCAUGUCUCCAACUGCCAAAAUAACCUCUCCACAACGGCAACGGCCACCACUGCAUGUCCCCAACUACCAAAACAACCUCUCUACAACGGCAACGGCCACCACUGCAUGUCUCCAACUGCCAAAAUAACCUCUCCACAACGGCCAGUCUUUUUCAGGAACUGAUGAGAAAGUCAAGGAUGGUCACGAAUUGGCACGAUUAUGAUCAAUCGCGGCAGUCGUAUUUUGAUUUUGCUUCAUUUAUACUCAUGCAGUGAGAAAAAAUUGUCAACGAUACUUAAAUCGAGAAGAUUUCGCACAUUAUCAUUACGACGAAAACAACGACACUUCUCUAAGCGGGGGAAUUUAGGGCCGGUGCCUCCUCGGGUUCCGGCCUUUGCGGGGGCAAAAAAUUUAAAUAUUAAAAACAAGUUUCCAUUUUGAAGGGUCAUGCUGUAAACACGGUCGCCAUACUGGAAGCUCAUCUGUCAGUGCUUAAGUUACUGGAUCCACCUCAAUCAGUGAUUGGCUGGACCAUAACAGCUUUGCGGCACAUUUACAACGCCUGCAGCUGCACACAGGAUAUCACAGUAAGUUUAUACCACUCUUACAUAACUAUUUUUUGACCUAAGUGUAACAAGAAAAAUAGCGACAACUUGUAAUUGAACUUUCGAUUUAGUACUGUCUGACAUCAUUUGGCGGCUAACAGCCCACUGUCCGGCGACCUCUGACAUCAUAGAUUUGCAUGGUUACCGGCACAGAGACCUUUCAUUGCAAGAUACCACGUGACCAUACAGUAGAAACCUAAAGUGCACUCUUUUGGGGAAUAAUUCUAAGAAAUAUCAGUUAUUAGUUAAAGGAGCUCUCUUGCCUACCAUGCGUACUUAUUUACUUCACAAAAAUGAAAUAUCGUCGCACCUCCAAUUUGAAUUAUUUGUUUAGUUCUUUUAUAGCGUAAAGCAAAAUAUUAACAGUGUAUUCUUCUUCGAAGACGUCCGUUUUAGGUGAUGUAGUAAUCAGGAAAUAUCGACCAAAGAAAUUAAAAUGGCAACACCGUUUAACAGUGAUUCGAUCUGUCUGCUUCAAUUUCUUUUCAGGAUCAUGCUUGUUUAACGUUACUUGCUCGCUGCUUAACGUUGGUACCUGUUAAGGACGUUGAAAACAUUGUUGACGAUACCCAGGUUAGUAAAAACUGAAGUGUACUUUAGAAAAAGAAUGUCUCUGACAAAGAAUGGUGUUGAACUUGUCUGACUGAAACAGUGGUAUGACCCCAUGGUAACUUCAUUAGUUUUUUUUCCUCGUUUCUUUCUCUUCUGCGUAUUAAAAAUCAGUUCCUUUUGUUGUUGUUUUUUAGACCAUUACCACGAAAGCGUUAGUUAUUCGAUGUAACGCGAUUGCUAAUGGAAAAGCGCCGAUGAAAUGGCUUAUGCCUUGUAUUGAGUCAGGGAUACUAACAGCUGAUAUCAGUGGUAAUUAAACUGUUGAUAUCUGUUUGAUUUGUCAUUUUUAAAGUGAUACCAAAUGAUUGUUAUGUAAAUUUGUUAUAUAAAUGCUAAAUCUAUCUAUUCUAAAGCAGUUGAGAAAAAGUUGCCUAUCACUGCCGGGACAAUCCUAUUAGUAACUACGAAUCUGAAUGUUAAGUUAGCUAAGCACAGAAAUUCAGUCCCAGAUUGUCAAAAUAUAAAACAGGUCUCGCAACUAUAAACUCUCUAACUGGUAAGCCUUUUACAACGAGGGAAGGUGUAAAACAAAUGAAAGAUGUCAAGGAAUGUGUAAACAAUCCGCCAUGUUUGGUCAAACUUGUGCUUCGAAACAUUUGCCUGGUUACUUAGCACAGACGAACGCAACGCGAGCUGAUGUGGUUUGCUUUGAUUGAAAGAUGAUUUAUGUGAUCAUUUUAUGCGUCAUGCGAUGAAGACACGAGGAAAGAUUGAUAGCAGCGAAAAACCCAAACAACAAAUGUACUUUUUCCCAGAGAAGGUCACUUUUUUUUUCGAAAUUGCUAAGUUUCACAGUAGUUAAAAGUCUUGUAACGAAUCGCUAGCCGAGUGUUUUAGAUUUAUCUUUCGUUCUUGGUUAUGCUGAUUCUACGAGUUUAAAGUUGAGGUUCUCGGCUUAUAGUCGAAUAAAUACGGUACCACUAGUGGACGUAACAGUACUAUUCUCUGUAAGCUAUAAGGACCCUUAUAAAAAUGUCUCGGCUUUUAGCACUCCGAAGCUCCGGUGAAAUAAUCUAAGAGUUAGGUGAAAUAAAGGCCAUAUAAGUCUAGCUGUCAACGCGGACAGGUUGGACACGUUACAAGAGUGAUGUAUAAUUGCUUCUUUCUUCCUCCUUCUCCUCCCUUCUUUUUCACAUGGCAGCAUUGCGUUGCCUUUGAAUGACUUAAUUGUAGACUUAAAAUAACAGAGAUCAAAAGUUAAAAACCUUUUUUUGUUUUGCAGGAGAAAAGCGCAAAGAAUUCUUAUGUUACGUCAGUAGUGUUUUAAUUGCCGCUGAUCACAUCUUUAAACAUGACGACAAGUUGCUCUUGUUUUUGGAACUGAUUAGUCUGUUUAAAAUUGCACUCCAGGAUGGUUCAAAAACCUCCGCGCACAGGGUAAUGGUUAAAUUGUCGUUCUUAACUUCGUGAUGUUUCUCUUAAUGUCUUUUCCAAGUUUCAUCAAUGUUUACCCCAUUCUGGUUUAUCUGCGUGCAUAAUUUAUAAAUAGGCUAAGACAAAAAUCCUUUAAGAACGUCCCGUAUCCUGAACUGGGAAAACAAACAAUCCAAAAUGAAAAAAGUUCUACUCACUUCUAGUAUUUUUCUUACAGGUGUUGUUGAAUUGUUUCACCGUUUUGUCCAUGGUAUCAGCUGCUUGGUGUACCGUUCCCAUACUUCAAGCACUUGCACCCUUCCCUUCAAAUCAGCCUACAGGGAGCCAAAUAGCCGCAUGUUGUGAAUCACUGGAGAGGUUGCCAUGGUUACUGCCCCUAACAUUGUCAACUUUGUUGCGUGAUGAGCCCUGGGCACCAGUCGCGGGAAAGGUAAAAUAAACGAAUGCUACGUUUUUUGCGUUGAAUUAUUAUGUUUAGAUUGUUCGUGUGCUUUUGAUUUGUUUGGUUGUUUUUGCUGAAUUUGUUGGUGUAUUUUUUGUGCCUUGCUUGUCAUCAAUAUCCUCGACCCUUUUUAAAGCGAUUAAAUGGAAUUUCAUUAAAUAGUUUCGUUUAUCGUUUGUCUCACGAUUGUCACAUAGAUAUCGAUGGCGACAUUUGACCGCGUACUGCAGGUCUUCAUCAGGCGAUAGUGUCAAUAUCUAAGCGACAAUCGUGAGACAAACAAUGAACGAAACCCUUUAUACACAUUAUCCACGAUGAACAAUAUCUUUCAUGACAUGGAGUUCUAUUGUCAAAUGCGAUUUCUUAAAUAAUUUAGGUGCUGGACUGGCUUGUAUCAUUACUAGAUGACCCCACGAUUCCAACACAUCUCCGAGAGAGCGCACUUGUAGAAGGUGAUUUGAUUGAAUUGAGAUAUUUUGAUUGAAUGAUAAAAUGACUGCCGUGAACUGACUUGCUGAUUCUUGUGGUAUUUUCUAAUGUAAUUAACUCGCCUCAACUCGAAGGUCGAUCGAUAAAAUCAGCUCACCAUUACGUUCAUUUCCUGAUUGCUUCAUUGGUUGUUUGAUCACUGAACUGGUUCACUGGAGGUCAAAGGGGCUGAGUAUGUAAUGAGGAUAUUCGCUGUUUUAAGCCAAUUCUUUGCUCAAGUCAUUACUUAGUGCCUUGACCCAGUGUAGAGUUAUGGAGAAAAUAUCAAGUAAUUUAGUCAGGGAUCACCAACGAUAAUAAUUGGUUUUGUGAGUUUUGCUGGCAUAGCAUUAAAACUUGAAAAAGUUGGGCCAACUUUUGUUAAAGUUUUAAUCAAUGUCCAUCCUUUCCAUCCGUAGCAACAGACCGCGACAGGAAACAGUUUUAAUGCCUAAAUAUCGUCUUAAAUAACAAAAAUGAAUGAUUAGCUUUGGUGUGAAAAAUACACGUUUUAGCCUUUAACAAGAUAGCAAAAUGCGUGGCACAGCUCCUUAGCUCAUUUGAUUAUUACGUUUCGUUUCAGAUACAAUCAUAUCUAUGAGGGGAACAGAGACGUUUAAGAAAACAACUGUGUGGACAGAUGUAGUCGGCCGUUUCCAUUCCAAAUUUAUCCAUCAAAACGGUGAACAAAAAGACAAAUAAAACCACGUUAAGUCACCAAAGCAAUGACGCCUUAUUUUUGUGGGAGGAAAGCUGUAGACUUUAUUCAAAACAUUUAUACCUGCAGUUUUCGCCUUACUGUAAAACCUGAAUAAUUAUUAAACGCCCUGGCGUUGUUUACUUAUACUGAAAAAGAAUA